CUGACAAUCUUCCAUCAUUAAUUCCCUUCAGACGUAUCAGUCACGGGAUGAUGUAGGUCUAAAAAGUCAGACUUGGCGCCGGGCCGCUGGACCAGAUUGCACGUAGCGGAGAUAUUGGCUAUGUCCUUCGUACAUAUUGCUCCCUUCUUUCGAAGGGCUGAGUCAAUCGACGUCAGAAGAGUAUGUCGUUCCAUUCUCUUGGGAGCCAAGUAAGGGAAAAUACACCCGAAUUCUAGACGCAAUCCCCAACAUUCCAGAAGCGAACCAGCAACAUGAGCACGGCAUGCUGAAGUCAUUUCCCAGCUUCAAGGAGCCUUGCGCGCCGUUAAGCGUGGUGGUUUUGCUUCUUCGAAGCGCAGCUUGAUCCUUUGCGUCAAUCACCACAAUGCUUAUGUUUCCGCACAUCCUUACCACACUUCUCGCGAUAGCCCGUUUCCGUGGUAUAUCGGCAAGGGGCAAUGGCUUUCGACACGAGGCAGUAGAUGCGUCAAAUCAGCACUACGAGAGACGAGUCGAGAACCUUGACCCCCUCAUCUUCGAUUACACUAUCUCAGGACAAUGUCCAGCGCCCACGCGGUCAAUACACAGCUUGCUGUAUCCAUCGCCAGAUGCUUCAGCUGUCGAAAUCACGAGCCAAAGCCAGGUUGUCACCUCGUACCUUCCCGAGAUGACUUGGUGCGUCGGCCCUCCUGUCGCCUUCGCCGUAGUGACAACAAGAGCACCAUACCAGAACCAAUCCAUGGAGUACGAAGUCAUCACUGCAGGCACAGCCCGCUGCGAGACCGUCUACGUCCCAACCGAGACCACUGUGUGUGCUACAACACUCACUGGUAUUGCCUCAAAGAUCACAGUGUCGGAAUGCGACCAAGAAAUUACCUUCUCGAGCGAAUGUGGAUUCACAUUGGAGACACCGACGCCGGUGACAUCAGACUCAUCACUGAUCACGCUGGCGCCAAGGGUUAAGAGAAUGACUACAUUCUGGGUUGCGCCGUGGCAAUCUCUAACAGCUGGGGAAGCUCCAUCUGAUGUGGACAUCAAGGUGUGCACAGCUCAAGAGGACGAGAGCUUGGAGUGUAUUCAUUACCGGGAGGUAUGGGAAGUAUUUGUGGUCACCAAGACCGUCACAACGCAUCGGGAAGUGCAAUUGACCACAACUGUUACCGGACCUGGCACACUUAUUGUUGAGACAAUGACCGCGGUCAUCACAGAUACUGUUGAGACAGUAGACCUAUCAACGACGCUACUGCUGGAGACGGGUGUUGUAACUGAGAGUACGAGCAAGAGGAAAAAGCUGGUCACGCGACCGAACGAACCAGAAACCAGUGAUGCAAGCGAUGCAAGCGAGGCAAACGAUGCGAGCGAACCAAGCGAAUUGGAUGUGUCUACGCUCUAUGUCACGAAACAUGUGAAGUACAAGACACCCAAACCUGAGCCUACGACUACCGUACGAAUAACCUCAGUUGCACAUGUUAUCGGCACCAUAACCAGAACGCGUCCACGAAGCCGACCCCGUCCAACUUUGCUGGAGCUUCCGGACUUUUAAAAUUCAACCAGUGUCUCCAGUCACCUACAGCCUUCCAGUCGUUUUGCUCCUUGACUUGCAUAUAUAGGUAGAAGUUGGCGUCUUCAUGACUAAAAGUGAAUUAUGGAAUCAUAGCUUUAAACUUUUCUUUCUCCU